AGUCACAACCUUUAGCCAACACAAGUCCUCAUAAAAGUAGCGCGACUUUUCUACAUAAUACUUUUACAUAUUGAUUUUCAUUACGAUUUUGAGGGCUUGCCAACAAAAUAGUCGACUUUACACACCGAAGACACCCUGAUAAAUGAGGUAAGAACCUAAAAUUAAAACUGUUGUAAACUCACGCGGUGAAAAGCCAGGAAUCUCUCCACGCUCCUGCCAGAAAUUAAUUGAUGUAAAUGGAGCGCAGCUGCGACUCAACUGUCGACUUUGCUCAGUUUUAGUGAUUUUAUACUUACUAUUUUACAUAAACUAACAUUAAUAACCACGGGUGAAAAUAAAGCAGACGUCAAAAUCAUUGUUUUAUCUUUGAUUUGUGAUGAAAUGUCGCAGCUGGGAUCGGCUGUGCCCUCAUCAAACUUACCUGAGGGCCUCCCGGUGUCCAGUUUGGCGCUGCUGAUCCUGGUGCUCAUCCCAUGCGUGCUGCUGCUCCUGCUGCUAAAUUGUUUGUUUGUGGGCUACAAACUGUUCCGGAUGACCCGGAGAAAGAGAGACCGAUACGGGUCCGAGAUGUCGCUCAUGCACUCUUCAUAUUCCACCCGCCAGAGGAUCACCCGGUUCUCUGACGAGCCUCCGGUUGCUCCGAACAGAAAGACUAAUUAUGUUUCGGUUUCGGAGCCAAUGCUCGCGCCACCCAUCACUUCAUCCCUGACCUCCUCCGCGGAGAGACGGGCCACCGGGCAGCGCGCCAUGUUUCUACGCCCGGACGGGGCCACCUACGCCGGGUCAGAGUCAUUGCGCGUGCCGCACUGGAGGACCAGCGCUCCGGUUCUGGUCCAGUCCAGUGAUUCGGACAUGGAGCGGGUCAACACUGUACCGCCGAACUCACCAGUACUUCGAGUGACUCCAAAUGGGUUCUCAGUGCCGAUGACUUCCCUGCGUAGAAGCAGCACCAUGGAGCUGGAGAGCACGUCUCUGGAUAAGAUCCAUGUGGAGUGCGAGUCCGCCAGCAUCAUCCCACAGGAGAACUCCUGUUAUGUGGUAUCAUCCAGCUCCUCGGCUAGAGGGUCUGGACUGGACAGUGACUUUGGAGCCAGUGCAGGUGUUUCUCUCCGUAUCCUCUCUAUGGAUAGUGAUGGAUUUCCGGGCUCAGCCUGGGCGUCCGCUCUAGAAUGGGAUUACUACGACCCAAGUUACGUCACCCAGAACCACGUCCCAAAACACAGACCCCAAGCACCCCCUAUCACCACCAAACAAUACUGGGUCUAGAGCUCAUUCUCCAUAGAGAUCCUGAAGAACUCCAGAACGAGACUCGAUUCAGCCUUUCUCACUCUAGAAUUCGUUGAGCUGAGUCUGGAUUUAAUCUUUCUGGCUUCAGUGCACUUAUGAAAUGUUCACUUGCCGUUUUAACUGCAACACAUCACAUCUUCACAGUACACACUUCAUGUAUUAAAGUUCACGAUCACAGCUUACUUCUGCAGCAACUCCUAACAGGUUUGUUCUGUUUAAUAAUUUGCAUUACAGAAUCACUUCACAG